AUUUGAGGCAAACAGGGUUAAAUCUUACUGCCUUUUGGAGCCCUCAUAACAGGAAAAGCAAUGUGUUUCAUAUAUUUUCUCCAACGUGGGAUUGUUGAUCACUCAACUAGAGUAAUCUGUUUUAAUUAGAGGAGACAAUUUGAGGAAAUGGUAUCUCACUUUAAUAUGGGAUCAGUGGAGGACCUUGCAGAACACAUUGCAAAAGCUACAUCAGAAACCAGGCAGAAAAUGUUGAAGGAAUUCUAUGUUUCCAAGCAUCCAGAGAUGGAGUCUUUAUUCUCUCUUGAAAUACCAGCAGAAGCUUCACAUAACUGUGAGGAAAUUGAACUGGGUACAACACACUCCAGAAAAAGAAAAUCCAUUGUUAAUUCUGGAAGAUCUGAGUCUAGACCUUCAUCAGCUAAAAGACUACUGAGUGGAACUACAGAAACACAGACCCAGGAGGGCCAUAAAGGAGAAGCAGAACAGCUUCACAAGGACUCCUACCUGCAAGAUAUGUUUGUUAAUGCAAAAUGUAAACAAUCACCCACUAUUGCUACUCAACAUAUCCAAAGAAGAAACAGUCAGGCAUUCAAGGAUUUUAUGGCAUCUGGCUCAUUAAGCAGUAAAUCAGAAAUAAUUGAGGUGCUGCCUGUAAAAAGUUGUGAAGGACAGCAAGACUCAGAAGAGACACAGCUGCCAAAGGAAAGAUCUGUGUCUCAAUCAGAAAAUGAAGAGAGAAAAGCUCAGAUUUGCAAGAAAAAUUCUUUUGUGGACUUACUUGGAGAUACCUCUAUUCUUGAUGAAAUCUUCAGAAAUGAUGGAAAUGUGUCUACAGAAUCACCAAGGAGAUUCUCUUCAGGACAAGCAGAAAAAUCAAAGAGGAGACAAAAAGAUUUCUGGGAUAUGCUGAGUGAACAGAAUGAGGACAGCCUCAGAAAGCUCACAGAUAUAGCAGUCAUAGAGAAGCUUUGUGAAAGAGCCCCUCAUUCCACAGUGACAGAAGAGAGAGAAGUGUGUGAAAGUUCUCUUUGGAAAAGAAAUGAAACUUUUUUGUGGAAAAAAUACAGUGCAGAUGAUUGAGAUGAACCAUCCACUGCUAAAUCUUGUAGUGUAGUAAAAUGAAAGUUUUCUAUGUAAGUUGCACUAUAACUAUUUUAUUUGAACUUUGACAGCAUUAUGCCACAAAUAUGGUAAUUCCGUGAAAUUAAAGGAAAACUAUGAAUUCAUAUUUAUAGUGAUACAGAAUUACAUUUUACAAGUAAUUAUUUACUUGUAAUUAUUUACAAGUGAAUAUGUAUGUAAUUACAUAUGUAGUGUAUAGUACAUAUGUGCAUAGUCAUUCAUAUGUACUGCAUGUUGUAACCUAUGAUAUAUAAUGAUUUUAUAUUAAAAAUUUUUAGAAUUUUCUG